CAACGACUUGGCUCUCAUUUUGCAACCCAAUUGAAGCGGGUUUUUUAUUGCCCUAAUUUUUUUCGCAGAGCAGGAGCCACUUUUAACUUCCUGUGGCAGCUAACCAUGAAGGUGUUCAACAUCAGUAAUGGAAAUACCCUCUCUGUUGCACUCUUCACUGAAGUCACCAACUCCAAGGAACUCUUAGAUUCUAUGCAAGCUGGGACACUGGAACCAGAAGUUGCAUUUCUCAAUGCAUUGCUUAUCCCUGAUGUUUUCCCCCUUUUAGCCGCUGCACAGAAGACACUUAUUGCCAAGUCGCGUGAAUCUUUAACAACACGUACUCUUCAUUCUGAGCUUGUUUACAAUUACUCAGGAUCUAAGCAUAUUACAGAAUCCUUGAAAAGAUGUGGCAUCUCUGAAAGCUCGACCUAUGUCCUUGCUGCUCGUUUUAAUGCUUCCCCUGAUGAGAUGAAAACUGUGGAGAAGCUUGUAAAUGGGAAUGAAAUUGGUUUUGAAGAGCUGGAAGGGAAAGCAGAUCAAGCCCAGAUAAAAAAGCACUACAAAAUAUCUGGCCCUGAACUGGAGAUAUCCUUGCUCUCAGAUGCUAUUACAUGCCGGGUUGCUGCUCGUGAUGCCUUGUGAGAAAGGACAGUACCGUAGGCAUUUUUACCAUAGUCCCGGUAAGGUUAUCAAGGGAAGAAGCUCAGUCAAGACCAUACUCAUAGCAUAAAAUUAGAAACAAUUCGUAUCUAAUUGAAUUAGCUAUUUCUUGAGCUUAAUGUGAACAUAAUUUGCUGUAUGACAUGUAAUAUUGCAACUAAAUUGUUGGCGAUGAAUUAUUAUUGGCUUCUUAUAAAACGUUCCAAAUUACUAA